AUGGCAUCGCCUGACGUCACGGCCGGCCGUGUGUAGGCAAGACCGCUUAAAGCUGAUCCCCACGGAAUCGCGGGAGACACACUGCACGAGCCCGUGGCCCCCUGCGCGACACACUGGGAGCGCUGCGUUAAUACAGGACACGCCGAUCGUCUCAGGCACGACCGAGGACACGGGGGCACGGCUGAGAUGGUGCAUCUCUGCACGGUUUUGGUCACCUUGCUGGCCCUGGUGGCGGAGCGCGGGGGUACGCAGCGGACGGGAGCUCGCCGCACGGACUGCCCGUCCCGCUGUCACUGCGAGGAGGACGGCAUGCUUCUCCGAGUCGACUGCUCGGACUUGGGGCUCAGCGCCGUGCCGACGAACCUCAGCGUUUUCACGUCCUAUCUCGACCUCAGCAUGAACAACCUCACCCUGCUGCCCACUGGCGCCCUGUCCAACCUCCACUUCCUGGAAGAAUUGCGUCUCGCAGGAAAUGACCUGACACACAUCACUAAAGGGGCUUUCUUGGGCCUAUACAACCUCAAAGUGCUAAUGCUGCAGAACAACCACCUCCGGCAAGUCCCCAGCGAAGCCCUACAGAACCUGCGCUACCUCCAGUCUCUCCGCCUGGAUGCCAACCACAUCUACAACGUGCCCCCAAAGUGCUUCGAGGGCUUGGUGUCUCUGCGCCACCUGUGGCUGGACGAUAAUGCCCUGACAGAGGUGCCCGUGCAGGCGCUGAGCGGCCUGCCCUCCCUGCAGGCCAUGACCCUCGCCCUCAACAAGAUCAGCCACAUCCCUGACCACGCCUUCUCCAACCUCUCCAGCCUGGUUGUCCUGCAUCUCCAUAACAAUAGAGUCCGCUCCCUGGGAAAGAAAUGCUUUGACGGGCUCCAGAGCCUGGAGACUUUGGAUUUAAACUACAACAACCUGGACGAAUUUCCUGUUGCGAUCAAAGCCCUGUCCAACCUGAAGGAGCUGGGGUUUCACAGCAACAACAUCAGGUCCAUUCCGGAGCAUGCCUUUAUUGGAAACCCCUCUCUCCUCACAAUAUUCUUCUAUGACAACCCGAUUCAGUUCGUCGGCAAGUCGGCCUUCCAGCACCUGCCGGAGCUGCGAACACUGUCUCUUAAUGGAGCCACAGAGAUCACAGAAUUUCCAGACCUCACAGGCACCACGAGUCUGGAAAGCUUGACCAUUACUGGGGCACGGAUUGGAGCACUGCCCAGCUCCGUGUGUGACCAGCUACGCAACCUGCAAGUGCUGGAUCUUUCCUUCAACCUCAUCCAGCAUCUCCCCAGCUUCAGUGGAUGUGUGAAGAUUCAGAGAAUUGACCUUCACCACAACAAAAUCCAAGAAGUAUUAGCGGACACGUUUCAGGAGCUAAUGGCUCUCAGGUCCCUUGACCUGGCCUCGAACGAGCUUCACACGGUGGACCCACACGCCUUCUCUAAUCUGCCCUCAUUAAUCAAACUGGACCUCUCCUCAAACCAGCUCACAUCUCUGCCUGUGGUGGGACUCCAUGGCCUCACGCACCUGAAGCUUGCCGGCAAUGAGGGGCUACAGGAGUUGCUGUCCGCUGAAAGCUUCCCCAAGCUCAGGGUGAUGGAGAUGCCCUACGCCUUCCAGUGUUGUGCCUUUGUCUCCUGCGAGAGGUCCCUGGAUCUCUGGGACCAAGAGGAGAGCAGCAGGAAGGAUGAGCUGGGUCGGGGAGACCAUGGUGGCAUGUCCAACCCAGAAGACCAUGACCUGGAGGACUUCCUCCUGGACUUUGAGGAAGAUCCCAAGUCUCACCAUUCGGUGCAGUGCUCCCCAGCUCCAGGACCAUUCCGCCCCUGUUAUCACCUGUUUGGGAGCUGGCUCAUCCGCAGCGGGGUGUGGAUCAUCGUGGUGCUGUCCCUGGUCUGCAAUGCCUUGGUGGCGGUCACCGUCUUCUUGUCACCCAAUUUUGUGUCCCCGGCUAAGUACCUAGUUGGCCUCCUAGCUACAGCCAACAGCCUCAUGGGACUCUCCAGCGGCAUCCUCGCAGUGGUAGAUGCCCUGACCUUUGGCAGCUUCGCCAGGUAUGGUGCCUGGUGGGAGAGGGGCGCCGGCUGCAAGAUUAUCGGCUUCCUGUCCGUCUUCGCGUCGGAGAGCUGCAUCUUCCUGCUAACGGCCGCUGCUCUAGAGCGGGGACUUUGCAUCUGCAGCUCAAAGAGGGCCGAGCCCAAGUCUUCCAUGGGGAGCAUCAAGGUCGUCUCGACCCUGUGCUUCGUCGUGGCUCUGGCCAUUACCAUCCUGCCCCUGCUACACGUGGGCGAAUAUGGUGUCUCUUCCCUGUGUUUCCCAUUGCCCUUUGGGGAGCCUUCUAGCUUGGGCUUCAUGGUCGCCCUAGUGCUGCUCAACUCCCUCUGCUACUUCGUCAUGACCGUCACCUAUACAAGGCUGUACUGCAACUUGGAGAAGGGUGAGCUGGACCACUUCACAGACAGUGCCAUGGUCAAGCAUGUAGCCUGGCUGCUGUUCGCCAACUGCCUCCUGUACUUCCCCGUGGCCUUCCUGUCCUUCUCCUCACUGCUCAGCCUCUCCUUCAUCAGCCCCGAAGUGGUCAAGUCCGUCUUGCUGGUCAUAGUCCCCCUGCCUGCGUGCCUCAACCCCCUGCUCUACAUGCUCUUUAACCCCGACUUCAAGGAGGACAUGAACUCCCUCCUCAAGCGAGCCCCCCGGCUGAGGAAGAGCCAGCAAGCUAGCCUGGUCUCCCUCAACUCAGAAGACGCCGAGAAGCAGUCCUGCGACUCGACGCAGGCCCUGGUCACCCUGUCCUCCACCGAGCGGUCGGCGGGAAAGUUGCAGCGGCAGAGUGCAGAGGCCUACCGCCCACCGGUGCCAUUCGUCCCAUGCCGUUAGGCUGCGACGUUGGGCGACCAUCUUGGGUUGAAUUCGUCCCGUAGCACCAGACUCUCCCGACUGCAAUUCUGAAUUGCAGGUGAGAACUGUACACAAAGACAACAUGCUAGUUCAGUUACGGAAAGUAGCCAGGGAAGAGGUAGGGGUCGCAAAACAUUGGACCGAAGGAAAACCGAGCUCCGCUUAACCAAUCCGCAAGAGCCCAAAUGUCUACGUUAAUCUGAGUAAGUGCUGCAUUUACCUCGCUGAAGUGUUUCUCAGUAUAGAGCACAUAGUGAAAUCUCAUUUCUCCUACUCAACGUCAAAUCAUUCAUGGGCAUUAAAGCAUCGAUGUAAGUAACACAGGACUGGACUCUAUCUUAAGUUCAAACUCAUAAUGAAUCGUAUGAAAUGAAGGUACUUACCACAUGUCCACAUGGGGAUUUUUUUUUGUUUUAGUGAGCUUUUUCUUUUCAUUUUCCUGUUUUUCACAUUGAUGCUGUGGCUUAAUAACAGAUAUUUACAUUUACAGUACAAUACAUUGCUUAGCAAGUAUCUCAUGCUGGUUCAGUUGGAACUUUAAGUGUAAAAUGUAAUAAAUUUAUGUAACAAAUUAGAAACAGAAGUCCUUAAUGGGACAGGGCGAGAGUACACAAUUUAAAACACAUUUAAUCAAGGCUUACAAGGUAGCAGUUCCAAUAUUGCAUUGGGUCUCAUUUAUUCUAAGUUUUGUCACACAAUCUCAUCUGGGUCUCAUUUGUUAUCGGUGUGUCACAUAACCACAAUAUUUGUACAAACAUUUUGUAACAUGAUGGUUUUAUGCUCUCUUUGCUGGAUUCAGGGUUUUGCCAAAUAGUCACUAAGUUUCUUCAGUUGGUGUUAUAAUGGUAUCCAGCUACAAGGGGUUGCUAAGAUCCUGUUUUUAAUAGAACUUAUUAUCUGUACGUAUGUCUCACUGAAGCCACGCAUGUUUGUAUAGUUGUACUGUGACAAUCUCGUUAUCCAGCAUAGAUUACGACAGCGAUCGCUAAAAUUAUUUCCUUGUAUGUAUUUUUGAUUUGAUUAUCGAUCAGUCUUGGAUCACUUGUCGGCUUAGUUUCCCAGUUCCCGUUCACGCUCUCUGUCGACACGCGUCAUUUUUCUGCUUCACUGCUCCAAGAUCCGUGUUUCUUUGGCCUGCGUCACCACAUCGCCCUCGUCUCUGAAAUCCGAUCCUACGUUUGCAGGCCGUGUCCCGUCUGGUGAUGACCCGUUUCCCAGAAUGUUCUCCAGGUAUCGAAAAGCACUUAAUGGCCUCGAAUGAGCUCGCUAACACAGUAUCUUCAUGCUAAAUUGUGAAGCUGUCAGUUGACUUACAGUAAACAAAGUAGGCGUCAACAAAAGGUUGCUUGCUCAGCUACCUGAAGUUCAGAGAGGUAUUGGGGAUAGACCUAGCCACCCAAUCGCCUUCCUUCGAUGCUUCAAUUCCUUGCGCUGAAACACUUAUUGGAUAUUAUGCCCUCUUUGUGGAGUCGUCAUGGAUAUCUGACCAAAAACAUAUGGAUAAUCCGCCUUUGUAGGGUUGCUUCAAUUACUGUAAAGUGAUGGUGUCCCAAUGUGUGAGGUCACAGGUCACGCCUGCAAAUUUGCGAUGAUGCCAUCAAGGCUUCCCACUCUGGUCCUUCAAUUGCACUUCAGAAGGCAUCAAAACCCUGUCACUGGAUCCUAUAGAUCUGUGUUUGCCUAUCCGGACUUUGGGGACCCACAGACAGUCCAACUUUUUGCUCCCUCCCAGCUCCAAAAUGUGGACUGUCUGGCAGGGAGCUGGGAGGGAGCAGAAACAUGGACCAUCUGCAGGUCCCCGAGGAUUUUUAACCUAUUUUAAAGUGCCAGACGAGGCACUCCGCUGUGGCGGAAAUGGCAUGGCAGCGGGAGAAAGCGAUGGCCACGUCGAAAACAGGCAAAAGCCUCUGAUGCUUCUCUGCAGUUCCUCUAAGCGGGUUACUAUGAAUGAUCAGUGGACGUGGUUAGCGUGCCCCCCGGCUUCGAUUUUCCAUCCGGAACGUGCGCGCAUACAACCGCAGGAAGUCGGCAGGGGUGGGGGUUGCGUACGCCACCAUAAUUAACCUGCCCUUGGCAGCUCCUCUGUUUGAAAUGCAGAUGACAUCUGAAAGAGACGUCCGGCCCAAAGAUAGACUGAGAUGCGUCUGAUUAUUAGAACCAGAGGUGGACGCCCCUAUGUGUCCAGACUCAAUCUGCAGAGUUCUUCCAUCCAUUGGUUUCUUAAAAUGAGCCGUUCGCUAUCAACCUCCCCCCCCCCCUCCAUGGACCCACACCCCCAAAAUCCUUGUGCUUUUGUUCAUUAAGAGUAGUUCUGGUUCAUAAAUCACCACACCAGUGAUGCCAUAAACCAUGAAUUGUAGUGUCUGUUACAAACCCCCUCCACCCCUGCAUGACCAGGAAUAGCCUGUAAAUGUAACACAUUUAUACAUUAAUUGCUCGUUAGACGGUUUUAUUACCCGCAUAGGUCAACGAGUUGCCGGAAAACCCAUCUUGCUUUUUUAAAAUUGCAUUUUAUUAACGUGUCUUGACUUCUCUUGUUUCGUUGUUGAACAGAUUCUCAGUUUGGAGGCAAACCUAUUUUUUUACGAUCUAGAGCUCUUUUAAGAAAUUAAAGGUGUAUAAAUAUAGAGUUGUAUUUAUAACUAAAGAUAUACGUGUAAAGGAGAGCUUUGGUGCGAAUCUGAAUUUCAGAGCACACAGAUGAGUAUUGUCUUGCUCCCAGCCCCCAGUAGAACCAGUGGUGUCUGCGCAUUCUUAGGUGCUGUACAUAGAACCAACCUUUUUUUAUUGGUGUGUUAAAUAUAUGUAAUUUGUAAUAAAGGAUUUACCAAAUGAGCAGAA